AUGGCGUCGGCGGUGCUCUCGUACAUUCAAAGCCUGUGGCCGCUCUCGGCUCUCCUGAAGGAGGACGACCUGGGCGCCUCCGCGCGGCUGGUGCGGACCCUCUCCGUGCCCGAGGAGACGAAGCAGUUCGUGUUCGCGAUCCGGGAGCCCGAGACGCAGGGCUUGCUCUACAUCCUCGCGGCGCAGAACCUCUCCGAGCAGUCCGCUUUGGACGCCGGACAUCUGAUCAGGGCGGUGCGGCCCCGGGCCGUGAUCACCCAGGUCGCGCACACAGAGGUCGAGGACGUUUUGAUCGAGGAGCAGUGCCUGGCUGAAGGCGGAGCGGGCGGCGUGCCGGCGUCGCCACUACAGGUGAUUAAGCGUUGCAUCACCGAGAAGAAGAGCAAAGAUCACUAUGUGAAAUCCGCCGCUUGCCAGGUCCUCCGGGAGAUUUUUGGGGUUGGAUUCUAUGGCCACCUAUUGGCUGCCAAGAGAGCUGCGGAGGAGACAGAGUCGCAUUUUCUCUUGCUCGGCUCUCCGUAUGAGAAGAAUUGCAAUGCGGGUGGAUCGAGCAACGGAAAUAGUACGGACGAUAAUCCGGCUCCGCAAUUGCAGACUAGCUGCACUCUUCCUCAGAGUGCCAUGGAUGAUAAAUCUGGUCUCCAGUUACAGAGUAACUGCUUGCUCCCUAAGAGUGCCACAUCUGCAGUAAGCUCCCAUGUCAGGAAGAUAUGCCUUGUGGAUGAUUAUGGAGGGCAGCUCAUGAAGUCGCUAGCUCCAACUGCUAACUUGUUGUUGUCCCAAGCUAUCUCUUCCUAUGCUGUUGCGGAGUGCAGACUGUCAGAAUGUAAGCCGGCCGACAGAUACGAGCCUCCACUUUUUGCGCAGACCGUCUACCCUCUGCUCUCUGACCUUUAUGAGAUAUUUGUUCAAAUUCCGUCAAUUGGGAAGGCUAUGGCUUCUGCACAGAUGUUGCUCACUCAAGUUCACAAGGGGAAGCCAGUUUGCAGUGAAAUGUUAUCUGAUGUCUAUGUAUUUGGAAUUGCAAUAGAGGCUCUCAGAAUAUGUUUAAACAAUGCAGGAAGACGCCGCAUUAAUACUAGGGAUAAUCAUAGUUUGGAGAAAUUGGAUUUUGCAGAGCUCCCUUCUGAGGAGAAGUGCCACAUUCUUCUUGUUCAAGCUCUCAGAAGUCAACUAAGGGAGUUCGGUUCUGUGGUGGCUGUAGUUGAUGCCAGCUGCUUAGCUGGAAUAAGGAGACACUGGAACACUCCUGUUCCUUCGGAGAUCACACAAUUAGCUGGCAGUUGCUUCAAUCAUUAUGGCAACAAAAAUGAGAGCGAAAAUGAGAGUGAUAACAAUGAGGUGCCAUCGGACAGCACUGAUAAAAAGAGCUGGAUAGCUGAGAAACCUGUGGUCGCAGUUGGUGCGGGAGGAACAGCAAUUCUUGGUUUUUCAUCUUUGUCGAAAACCAUCCAGGCAUCUGCCAUUCUUAAGUUGGCUCCUUAUAAAACUCCAGUGAUCUUAAAGUAUGGCUUAAUGCAGCUGCAAAGGCAUGCCGGCGUUGUAUUAAGCAAGCUCCUCUCUCAUGGGGUUGUUAGUGCUGGUUCGAAGUCAUCUGUUUUACAGUUCACAGCUUCAGCAGAGAAGAUUCGGGCGGUGACACACACCGUAAUAUCAUCUGUAGAGAGAACUAGCUUGUUGGCGAUGCGGACAUCGUUCUACGAAAUAAUGCAAAAGAGGCAGAAGCACAACCGACCUUUCCGAAUAGCUCCUUGGGCAACAUUUAGUUUUAGCUUGGUUGCAUGUGCUGGCCUCCUGAAGCAUGGAGAUGGGAUUGAGUGUGCUGCUGAGGCCGCACCUUCUGUUCCCAUGAUUGCCUCCCUGGGCCGUGGUCUUGAGAGCUUGCGUGUCACUUCAGAGGAAACGAGGCAAACAAGGAGCCAAAAUGUGAAGGAAGCUUUGCUAACAUUGUUGCGCAGCUUAAAGAAAUCAGAAAAGUAA